CAAAAACAUCGAAAUCCCCAUAGAAAUACAUUAAGUCUACGAGAAGUUCUCUUAAUUUAUUUUUUCUUUAUUUUAGGUCAAUUGGUCAUUAGAUCAAUUUGUCAAUAUUAGGUCAAUUGGUUAUUAGGUCAAUUGGUCAUUAGAUCAAUUGGUAAUUUUUAGGUCAAUUGGUUAUUAGGUCAAUAGACCCGCACCCUAAAUAAUUAACUCACAACUAUGCAAAUGUGUUUGUCCCACAGAGUAUGGCAGUAGUAUUUGGGGUACUCUACUACGGACAGGGAUAUGACUACUCCAACGUCAGUAAUAUCAAUGGGGCUCUUAAUAUGAUAUUACAGGAACCUUCAAUGGCACAGUCAAUGGUCGCUCUAAGUACAUUAAUAGGAGAGGAAGCCUUACUUUGUAGGGAACACCACAACCGUACGUACGCCUUGUUCCCAUAUAUAUUGGCGACCAUUAUUACCCAGUACACCUACUUUGGUCAACAGACUGACCAAUUGUACACCAUUGGGGUGUACAGGAAUUUAAGGGAAGGGAAAGGGAAUCCCUUUAAGCAAAAAUUAAGGGAAAGGGAAGGGAAAGGGAAUGAAAAUCAGGAAAUCGGAUUCACACAAAACAGAAGGAGUAAUACCCCGUUCUGCUGGACUUCAGACUUAAGUCAUAACAGGUUUUACAGUGUUUUACAGUCAAGACUUGAGUCCCGACUCAGAAAUGACUCAAAUGUUGAGAAUUUCACGACGAAAGUGUUCUCUGACUGUAAACGUCGGUUGAAACAAAUCGUGUUGUUGUAUAUACGAGGAAAUGGAUGCAAUGGUCUGCUGACUGACUGUCUGUCCAUUCAUGAGUACCACUCCAUUGACGGACAGUUGCCGUGA